CAGAAACGGAAAUCAUACAACAACAUAUUUUUUCUUUUAUUACUAUUUUGUAUUGUUUUCUUUCUUGGUUAUAAUUCAGUGGAUGGACAUUGGGGUAGUUGGUCUGCAUGGUCAUCUUGUGAUGUCACCUGUGAAAACGGGACUCAAACUCGAUCAAGAACAUGCUCGGAUCCUGCCCCGGCACAUGGAGGUAUAGACUGUAUCGGCUCUAACAUAACUACAAAAUCAUGCUCAAGAAAACUUUGCCCAGUUCAUGGGGGAUGGACAAUCUGGUCAAGUUGGGACGCGUGCUCUGUCGCUUGUGGUGUAGGUCUAGAAAAGAGGCAUCGUAAUUGCUCGAACCCAAUACCAGACAGGAACGGGCUUCAAUGUUUCGGCGACACAUUAGAUGUCAGGAUAUGCUUACCGGGUCCAUGUGCAAAUGGUGGUUGGACUAACUGGGGACAAUGGAGCACCUGUUCAGUGACGUGCAGGGACGGUUUAAAGUCUAGAUCACGUACCUUCACAAACCCGCGACCCUCGCCUCUGGGAAAAUAUUGUGAUGGGGAUCCUUCAGAAGUAGUUUCUUGUACAAAAAGCAGUUGCAUAACAAAAUCAACUCCUACUACCUCGACUACAACAACGACACUUCUACCAACCGUACCAAGAAGCUGUUUCCUGUGUCAAGGACCACCUCAGAUAUGUGAACAUGUGAAUUUUCCAGCAGACUGCCCUCUUGAGAAACAGUAUUGUAUAAAUACACUCACAAACUUCCGGAAUGCAUCAAGACUCGUUGAAAUGAAAUGUGGAACGAGAGAUGAUUGUCAAAAAGGAUGGUUCGAGAGAUACUCAUCGGACGACAAGUGUACGGCUUUCGACCAGGCUUUUAUCUACACGAACCGGUUUGACUGUGAAUUUUGUUGCGCUUCUGAUAAUUGUAACCAAUUUGUUAAUCCAUCAAAUAAAUGGCAUCCAUAAAACGUGGUUUAUUAAGUUAACCAACGAAUCA